AUGCACGCGCUCGGAGUCGCGCGCCUGGCUUGCUACUGCCAGCUGCUGCUGCUCGGAGUGUUCGGAAAACACACGCGUUAUCAUCAUAAUAAUAAUAGCUUGAGGAAUAUGUCACACCGCAUGCAUCUGCCCACGUACAUGAUGCAUCUAUAUCGGCAUUACAAGAUGAACCAGACGCGCAUACCCGCGGAGAGCCUCGAGCACGAGCACGCAGACACUAUCAAGAGCAUCAUGUCUAAAAAUGUGCACAAUAAUGACAACCACUACGUGGCAAUCUUUGACCUGUCUCCUGUUCUGUCGGAACGUCAGAUCCAGGCGGCGGAGCUGCGGAUCCGCGUCCCCAGAGACCUGCACCCCGAUGGGCUGACAUUGGAGCUCCAGCACCAGCAGGGGGUGCCUUGCCCUCGUCACCAGCCCUGCCCAGAGAGCCAGUCUCUGGGCCUUUUGCCAGAGGAGUCCCUACUGAGCGUAACGCAGCACUGGAGAGUGUAUAACAUCACGUACCUGCUUCUGCACUGGCCCAGGCCCCGAGUGCCCCCCGGUAGCCGUAUGAAGUCCAGGAGACCAGCAGGGGUCCCUGGGAGACAGGAGAUCCAAAGCAGUCCCCGGCGGCCAGCAGUGGCCCCUAGGGGACAAGAUAUCCAGAGUGAGCCUAGGAGACCAGCGGCAGGCCCUGGGGGACAGGAGCUCCAGAGAAGGCCCAGGAGACCAGCAGCAGCGCCUGGGGGACAGGAGCUCCAGAGCAGGCCCCAGAGACUAGCAGCAGGCUCUGGGGGACAGAAGAUCCAGAAUGGCCCCCAGAGACCAGCAGCAGCCCCUAAGGGACAGGAGCUCCAAAGCGGGCCCCGCAGACCAGCGACAGCCCCUAGGGGACAGGAGCUCCAGAGUGGGACCCAGAGACCAGUAGGGGCCCCUAGGGCACAGGAGAUCCAGAGUGGGCCUUGGUUGCCAGCAGCAACCCCUGGUGGACAGGAGCUCCAGAAUGGCCCCCGGAGACACAGAGCCAUAUUGCUGCUGUUUUCAGAGCAGCAGGAUGGGGCCAGUCUCCUGCACACCGCCGGGGCCUCGAAGUUUCUGUUUUCUGGACAUAAGAAAGAAGUGCGGCGUGGACGGGCCCUUAGGAGCCGCAGGGGCCGCCGGGGGCCACCUGUCAGGAGCCCGGAGCUGCAGAGAACAUCACUGCACAAGAGCAGCACCUGCAGGAGGGUGGACAUGCAUGUGGAUUUUAACCAGAUAGGAUGGGGCUCCUGGAUCGUGUUCCCUAAGAAGUAUAAUGCAUACCGCUGUGAGGGGACCUGCCCGAAUCCACUGGGGGAAGAGCUGCGGCCCACCAACCAUGCAUACAUGCAGAGUUUGCUGAAAUAUCAUCACCCCAGUCGUGUUCCCGCGUCCUGCUGCGCUCCGACCCGCACCAGCGCUCUCAGUAUGCUGUACUACGAGAACGGAGAGAUGAUCCUGAGACACCACGAGGACAUGCAGGUGGAGGAGUGCGGAUGCCUGUGA